AUGAGCCAGCCGCCAGAGGAGCGACCGCCGGUCUCUGAGGAGCAGGUCAGCGCAUUCCUCACCGAGCGGCCCCAGUUCGUCGAGCAGUGGCUACAGCGGCCGCCGCCGCUCAUGACCCGCAGCCGUAACUCGAUCACGGACGAGCUCUUCCGCGACCUGCUGGAGCGGCGCGGCUCGCCACAGGCCAGCGUCAGUUCGCUCGCCACCAGCGCCGCGCUCGACGAGCACGAGCUCAUGAUCGAGCUCAUCCGUGACAUCGCCACCGAGUUCGAUAUCGACCAGUUGUGCCGUAAGAUUAUGAAGAACGUGGGCGUGCUGACGAACGCGGACCGUGGCAGCCUGUUCCUCGCCAAGGGCUCGCGCCGCCACCGCUACCUGGUGGCCAAGGUGUUCGACGUGAUGGGCGACGACGAGGACGGAUCAGCCAAUGUUCAGAUGAAGCCGGCGGGCGAGAUACGCAUUCCAUUUGGCAAAGGCAUUGCAGGCUAUGUGGCCCAGACAAAGGAGGUGGUGAACCUGGCAGACGCGUACCAGGACAGUCGGUUCAGCCCGGAGGUGGACGAGAUGACCGGCUACAAGACGGGCUCGCUGCUUUGCAUGCCCGUGACGAACCAGGCCGACGACGUCAUCGGAGUGGCGCAGAUCAUCAACAAACAACAGUCGUGCUCCAAGUUCACCGACGCGGACGCACAGACGUUUCAGAAGUACUUGGUGUUCUGUGGGAUAGGACUCCAAAACGCUCAGCUGUUUGAACUAUCAAUAUCGGAAUUUAGGAAAAACCAGAUUCUGCUGAAUCUUGCUCGAGGCAUUUUUGAAGAGCAGUCCAGCCUGGAAAACUUGGUGCAGCAGAUAAUGCGGGAGGCGAUAGACCUGCUGCACUGCGAACAAGCCGCAGUGUUCCUGCGCGAGGACCAGCACGACGAGGUGGCGUGCAGGACCGAGCGGUCCCUGGGCAGCGCGGUCCGGUCGGCAGACCAGCUAUCCAGCGGCGAGCACCGCUCGCGCGCCACCUCCCGGGAGAGCGGCCACUCGGACCAGGCCGGGUUCCACCAGUGUUUCACCCUGACGAAAGAGACUGGAGGCGGCCACACGCUCCGCACACUGAGGGAGGCCGAAUUCCGGCACCUGGCUCUGCACGACGUGGCGCUCCGGGUCCUCGACACCGGCGAGACGAUCUGCAGUUCGGAGGAAGGCACCGACAACUGUGACGUGCGCUGGCGGCGGGAGGAGCGGAGCGCCGCGGCACGGUCCGUGCUCACCAUCCCAAUACACAACCAGAGCCACGUCACUAUCGGCGUGGCCCACUUCAUCAACAAGGAGAACGGUCAUGGCUUCACCGAUCAGGACCUCCGCGCAGUGGAAACAUUCGGCGUGUUCUGUGGGCUUGGCAUCCACAACAGCCAGAUGUACGAGCACGCUUGCCGGCUGAUGGCCAAACAGCGUGUGGCGCUGGAGUGCCUCUCCUACCACGCCACGGCCAGCGCAGAGAGCACAGCACAGCUGGCCGCCCGGCACGUGCCCUCCGCUCACGAGCUGAACCUCUACAGCUAUCAGUUCGACGACAUGGAUCUGGACACAAAAGACACUUGCACUGCUGCCAUCCGAAUGUUUAAAGACACAAAUAUGAUCAAGAAGUUUCGGAUUCCAUAUGAUGUGCUUUGUCGCUGGAUUCUCAGUGUACAGAAGAACUAUAGGCCCGUGAAGUAUCACAACUGGCGGCAUGCCCUGAACGUAACACAGGCCAUGUUCACGCUGCUGCGAACUGGCAAGAUGGGCAAUUUCGUCUCCGACCAGGAGGUGCUGGGCCUGAUGGUGGCGUGUCUCUCGCACGACCUGGACCACCGGGGCACAAACAACGCCUUCCAAUCCAAGACGGACAGUCCGUUGGCAAAGCUCUACUCUACAAGCACCAUGGAGCACCACCACUUCGAUCAGUGCAUCAUGAUCCUGAACAGCGAGGGCAACAACAUAUUCCAGGCACUGACUCCCGAGGACUACCGCUGCGUGAUGGACACAGUGCAGGAGGCGAUCCUGUCCACCGAUCUUGACCAGUACUUCAGGAACAGAGACCGCUUCGAGCGCGUCGUGCAGGACGGCGAGGUCGAGUGGCACGACGAGGCCAAGAAAAAAAUUCUCAUGGGAAUGCUGAUGACGGCCUGUGACGUUAGCGCCAUCGCCAAGCCGUGGGAGAUUCAGCAUCGGGUGGCCAAGCAGGUGGCCGACGAGUUCUUCUAUCAGGGCGACCUGGAGCGGACCAAGCUGAACGAGCAGCCCAGCGCCAUGAUGGACCGGGAGCGAAGGGACGAACUGCCCAAAAUGCAAAUGGAGUUUAUCAACUUGAUUUGUAUACCUCUAUACAAGGCGCUCUCCGAGGCGUUCCCCUGGAUGCGGCCCAUGUACGAGGGCUGCCUGCGGAACCUGCAGCAUUGGCAACACCUGGCCGAUCAGGUCGACAUGGGGCUGACCUGGAUCGACCGCGACUCCAUCGAAGAACCGGUGGAAACAUCUCAUGACAUCUCAGUUGAUCGCAUUACACUUCAAGGCAAGGCCCAGGAGUCACCAAACCAUCCAGAAGUCACGAAUCAAGGCCUGGAUGUCAAGAGAAUGCACUGGAGCAGCGGCCAACUGGCGUCGCCGACACUCUCCAGCAUCGGCCGCCCCAGGGACGACGCCGAGGUCGGCAGAGACGCUGCCCUCGGCCGCCGCUGCUCAGAGCCGGUCGGCGUGGGGCCGGCGGUGGCACCCCCGACCCGCGCGCGACGCUUCGGUCGCAGCAUCCGGCGCUACGACCGCGAGACCAGGCUCUGCGCCAUCUCGUGA